AUGAACCACUUGUAUCACUUGGGACCACGAUGGGAGCGGGAGACGUCGGACACGACAGUCCGAGAGACGCCGAUGCGAGAAAAAUCAGCUUGGAAAGAACGCAGAGCGAUUUCUCCCAGGUCUGGCAACAGCGACACGCCCGUGGCAGAGAUGCGAACAUGCCAAACUGCAAAGAUCGAAAAACUUGCGGAGGAACGACGUCAGCUCAAGCAGAGUCGUCAGCACAACCAAUGCAGCCAGAAACGAGGGCGCCUUCGAAGUCGAGCGGCGACGAAGACGACAACUGCUCUGUUUGGUCUUCUUUAUGAGCUGGAGAGAUGA